AUUCAUAUGAGUUGAAGUGAAAAGAGGAAGCAGUUCAGAGUUGGUUUGUAAGACGGAAAAAUGGCAGGUCCGCAGUGUUGUGAGUUGCCUCCGCCCCGAGACCAUCCUCCCGUGGGCGUCGGACGGCUUGACGCCUUCCACGACUUGACGGCAUAUGUCACCGGUUCUCCUGAGGCCAAAGUUGCAGUCAUUCUCAUUUCCGAUGUUUUUGGAUAUGAGGCUCCAAAUUUUAGGAAGCUUGCUGAUAAAGUGGCAGAAGCUGGAUACUAUGUGGUUGUUCCUGACUACUUCAACGGGGACCCAUAUGUCCCAGACCAGAGUAACAUUCAAGAUUGGCUCAAGAAUCAUUCACCAGAAAAAGGAUUUGAGGACUCCAUAAAAAUUAUCGAGGUUUUGAAAAGCAGGGGCAUAAGUAGUAUCGGAGCAGGUGGCUUUUGCUGGGGAGCCAAGGUGGUAGUGGAGCUUGCAAAAGGGGAGGAUUUAAAAGCAGGAGUGUUAUUGCAUCCAUCACGUGUUACUGUUGAUGAUAUUAAGGCGGUUAAAGUGCCAAUGGCAAUAUUGGGAGCUGAAAUUGACAGGUCUACACCACCUGAACUUGUAAAGCAAUUUGAAGUUAUUUUGUCUGAAAAAUCAGAGGUUGAUAGCUUUGUGAAUAUCUAUCCUGGAGUUGCUCAUGGCUGGACUGUAAGGUACGAUGAGACCGAUGAAACUGCUGUAGCAAAUGCUGAAGUGGCACAUAAAAAGAUGUUGGAAUGGUUUAAGCAAUAUGUGGUUUGAGAAACUAAUGCAUUUACAAUCAACCCAAAUACUGAGAUUUCAUUUUCUUUGUAUAUGCUGAUGCAAGGCCACUCUACAUUGAUGAAACAUAUAUGCCCAAUUCUGGUGCAGCUCUGACAAUCUGUACUGUUUCUAUUGAAGUCACUACAGCUUUCCAA